CUCUGCGUGUGAAGAGCAGAGACUUGGUCACUGCUUUUAAACGCAUUUCCCAAUCUUCUCUCAUUCAACCAACACGUUGCUCCUAUAUUUCAGACUUCAUUUACCAUCAUUAUGCAUGUCUUGGACCUAAGCUAAUCUGUGAUAAUUCAACUGAAGGGGACGAAGGAGAUUCGUUGGGUUUUGCUCAAUCCCCUUCAUUUUCUAAAGCUAUAUAUAUACCCUUAACUGUUUAUAGGACCCUUUUGCUCUUUUCACUGAUUUCUUGUUUUAUCUCUAUCUUCUUUAGCUAAAACCUAGAAUUUUGUAAAGUUAAUACUUACUGUUCGGUUUUAAUUUCUUCCUUCCAUCUAAUGGUUUAUGAUCAAAACUUCUAUUUCUUUUAAGUAGAUCAAUCUGGUUUUAGCAUUGUUCAUAUAUUUCUUUUACUGUGUUGUUUCGGGAAAGAAGUUUUCCUAGAGAACGUUAGAGCUGUAAUGCCUGCCAAGUGCUUGUUAUUUGUCACUGAACCAAAAUUCUCUGAGAAAUUAUACACGUGAGAUCUUCCGAGUUUGGUGGGAUUAAUUAAGAACUUUUUGUGAGUGGAUCGAGAGUGUCUAGAAGAAGAAAAAGAAGAAUGAAGGGAGGAAUUGAGGAGGUAAAGGAGAUAAGCCCAAUGUUUCCUAGGCUGCAUGUUAAAGAUGCAGAUAAAGGAGGACCAAAAGCCCCUCCAAGGAACAAGAUGGCUCUCUACGAACAAUCCACCAUCCCUUCUCAAGCUCUUGCUUCUGGAUCCCCACCCAAGUUUCCUCCUCUUCUCAGAAAUAAUUUCACAGUUCCUGCAUUGUCUGGCCAUGUCAGUAGCAGUCCAGGCAUCCAAUUCUGCAACUCAGGUGUAUCUUGUUAUCUGUCUGAGAAGAUUCAUGCUUAUCAAUCCAGAACUGUGAACUUCACCAAAUUGAUGCCAGAUGGUCUCAUCAGUUGUAACAAUUCUACAAAAAAUUACGAGCAUGGCGAUGCUUUGGUAACUCCUGUCGCUACCCAUGGAAAAAAUUCAUGCUGCAGCAUCAACCAGAAUGAGGAAGAUGAGGAGAAACUUGCUCACUGUAAAUCAAGCUGUUCACUUCUAAGUCAAAAUUCAUUCAGUAAGAAGGUGAGUUUAACUAGACCCAUAGAACUGAUGCCAGCAAGAUAUGAGAAGAACAGGACAGACGAUCACACAGAAGUAAAUCAAACAGAUCUCCCGGAGGAAGGGUCUGCUUAUCCAUUAACUGGUUUUGAUAGCCUGAAAAUAUUGCAAGGUAGCAAUGGCCUGGCAAAUGAAGAGGAUGCAGCUUUUGGGGACAAAAUCAACCUUAGGGAUGGUUACUUGGAGAAGCCGGCAACAACUGACGUUCAAAAAUGUCCUGAUGUUUUAGAAAUUGAUAGAAAGCAUAAAAUGAGAAUCACUCCUGAUGAUGUUAUGGGAGUUAUGGGGGAAAAGCAAUUCUGGAGAGUAAGAAGAACCAUCAUCAAUCAACAGAGAGUCUUCGUUCAGCAAGUGUUUGAACUGCAUAGACUGAUAAAGGUACAAAAGCUAAUUGCAGGAUCACCCCAUCUCUUGAUUCAAGAUAAGCUUCUAUUGAACAAACCUACACUAAAAGUAUCUGCUCCCAAGAAACUACAAUCUGACUCCGUCAUAGAACAACCAUCGUCAAAUGCCAAACUAAACGACAGCAACUUUGAGAAACCUAUCACUGUUGAAUGUGCUGAAAGUAAUAUAAUACGCUUUCCUGGGGUCAACAAUAUGAGCAAAGGCCCCCAUGUUCAGCUUCCAACUUAUGGUCAUCACUCGGGAAAACAAUCAACUAGCCCUUCCAGCUCCCACAAGUACCAAACAUCCCCAUGCUAUGUCUACGCAGCGCCAGGAAAUCAGUGGUUAGUGCCCUUCAUUUCCCCUUCUGAAGGCCUUGUAUACAAGCCCUUUGUAGGACCAUGCCCUCCAAAUGCAGGUUUUAUGGGCCCAGUAUAUGGAGCUUGCAACCCUAUAAGCCUCACCCCAGGAAAUAAGGAUGUUCCAGAUGCAACUCAUGUUCCAUAUAUACUUCCACCAUCUACAUCUGCUUUUGCGCAUGAGCAAAUGAGCCCUCCCACAAAGAUGCAAUCUAAAGGUGGUACUGAAAAUUACCAAUCAACCGGGUUUGUAAAUUCUUCCAUAUUAUACCAAAGCACAUCUAACAUGUCCAGCCAGAUGAGUCAAGUGAUGUCAAGACACGUUACAAAUGAUAAUCACACAUCAGAAGAUAAAGAUUUACAGACAAGUACAGGAAGCAGUCCCCCUAAGAGGAUGAAAGGGGAUGCACUUCCUUUGUUUCCAAUGGCACCAACAUUUUGGGCAUCAUCGGAUCACCAGAAGGCCCAAGCUGUAAAAGAACAUCAGCCACGUAUAAUCAAAGCCAUACCUCACAAUCCCAAGUCAACAACAGAAUCGGCAGCUAGAAUAUUUAGGUCAAUACAAGAGAGAGGAAGCAUUUAUGAUUAGGCUAACUAUUCUAUAUCAUGCCAUUUCAUUUGAAAUAUAAGGUCCACCAAAGAGGACGAAAGGGGAUGCGCUUCCUUUGUUUCCUAUUGCACCAACAUUUCGGGCGUCAUCCCAUCACCAGAAGGCCCAAGCUGCAGAAAAACAUCAGCCACGUCUAAUCGAAGGUAUACCUCACACUCCAGAAUCAACAACAGAAUCUGCAGCUACAAUAUUUAGGUCGAUACAAGAAGAAAGGAAAUACUUGUGACCAGUCUAUUUAUGCUAUGCCAUUUCAGUUGAAAUAUUCCUGCAGUCCACCUAAGAGGAUGACCGGGAAUGUAAUUCCUUUGUUUUCCUAUAGCACCAACAUUUGGGCAUCAUCAGACCAUUAAAAGGUCCAUGUUGUUGAAAAAAAUCAGACACAAAAAAUGACAGCUAUACCUCGCAAUCCUAAGUCAACAACAGAAU